AUGGCUUCCUCGCUUUUAGACCGAGAUUUCUCACCGCCGAGCUCAUUUAAAGAUGCAGGAGCAGGUGAUCGAUGGCGUGUAAAAAGUGAAAGCUCGGGUAAUGAACGUUGGCGAUCGAAUAAUGAUGCUGAAAGUGGCGGUGGUGGUACUGGAAAUGGUAGUGGUGGUAGUGAACGUUGGUCACGACGUGAAAGUGGUGCUGAUCGGACGAUAGGUGGUCAACGACGUAUGGGCAGUCGUGAACGUAGUCCACGAAGACUCCGAGAUAGAGAUGGUCGUCGAGGCGGCGCCGGUGGCGUACGUAAUGACCGAAUGGUCUACAUCGCAAAUAUUCCAUAUGACGUACGUUGGAUGGAACUAAAAGAUUUGGUUCGAGAAAAAGCUGGUGAGGUUAAUUUUGUGGAGCUUUUGGAAGACCGUAAAGGGAAAUCGAAAGGUGCAGCAGUUGUUGAGUUUCGAGAAAAAGAAUCAGUUCAGCGUUGUGUCGAUGCUUUGCACCGUUAUCCAAUGAAUGAUCGUUUGCUUACAGCAAAGGAAAUUCGAGAUCCUGUUGCAUUUUUCCGAAAAGUUAAGGAAGACACAGGUGUUGAUUUUUUAAACGGUCUUCAUGGCGGAACUGCUACAGCAAGUUUGGAUACUCGUAACCGUCAGGAAGAGCAGUUUGAAACAUAUGGCCUUAGUCCGGCAUUUCUGCGACAACUUCAUAUUACAGGGCCACUGACCAAUCGUGUUUUUGUUUCGAACCUCCCGUACAACGUACAAAGUGGACGAGUGACAGAUUAUUUCUCACUGGCCGGUAAAGUUACAUGGGUUGAUCUUCAAUUAGACAAAGAAGGCCGCAGUAAAGGUAUGGCCGUCGUACAGUUUACUCAUCCGAUCGAAGCAGUGCAAGCUAUUUCAAUGCUGAACAAUCAGCGUGUUUUUGAUCGUCAAAUCAAUGUCAAAAUGGAUAAAUUUGAUCCGAUUGAUGACCGAAAAGAAGGUGAAUUGCCUGUGGGUUUACGUGGAGUUGGCAUGGGCUUGGGUGCAAAUGGAGCACCAUUGGGUGAUGUUUCUUCGAUAAUUUCAUCACUCACUUCCUCGACAACAUCCCAUAAUUCCUAUGAUAGCACAUCUACGCCGUAUACCAGUCAGUCCGCUUAUCAAGGUGGUCCAGUAUCUGGCCUUCAGCCAAGUAGCAUUUCUUCGGUUAUGCCAUUUUCGUCCACUUAUACAUCACCAUCUGCAUCUCUCUCAGUUCCCAGCUCUGCUUAUUCUACAUUUGGUAGUGUUAGUGGUUUCGGCGGUUCGCGAUCGAUUAUAAUCAAAAAUCUUCCUUUGGAUUACACGUGGCAGAUUGUGCGUGAUCGUGUUCAGCAAUUUGGUCCAGUAGAUUUGACAGAAAUGAUUGCACCAGGGUGUGCUAAAGUUACCUUUACUGUAGCUACAGACGCGGAACGUGCCCGUAAAUCUCUUCAAAAUACUACCGUUGAAGGACGUGUUAUUGGAGUUGAAUUCCUAGCCUGA